GAGUAGUGGGACAGUGGGUUGAAGAAGAGGGUAAAGGGAAAUGGCACCUGUGGGAUUACCUCCUGGUUUUAGAUUUCAUCCCACUGAUGAAGAGCUCGUCAAUUAUUAUCUUAAAAGGAAAAUAAAUGGCCAAGAAAUUGAACUCGACAUCAUUCCCGAAGUUGAUCUCUACAAAUGUGAACCAUGGGAGUUAGCAGAGAAAUCAAUAUUGCCGAGUAGAGACCCGGAGUGGUACUUCUUUGGACCCCGAGAUCGGAAAUACCCGAAUGGGUUCAGGACAAACAGAGCCACUAGGGCAGGAUACUGGAAAUCAACUGGGAAAGACAGGAGAGUUGCUUCCCAAAAUCGAGCUAUUGGGAUGAAGAAGACGCUGGUUUACUACAGAGGCCGUGCUCCUCAAGGAAUUAGGACAGACUGGGUAAUGCAUGAAUACCGUCUUGACGAUAAGGAGAGCGAAGACUACUGUGGAAUUCAGGUACAGGACUCUUACGCACUAUGUCGUGUUUUCAAGAAAAAUGGCAUCUGCUCGGAAACAGAAGAUCAAGGGCGGUGUAAUAUGUUAGUGAUGGAGUGCUCCCAAUCUGUUAUCAAUGAUUCUGAAACCAUGUCUCCAGACCUUCCCUUAGCCUCCUCUUCUUCAUUCAUCGAAGAGGAAGAUAAAGAUGAUUCUUGGAUGCAGUUUAUCACUGAUGAUCCAUGGUGUUCUUCUAACACUACUGCUUUGGCUGGAGAUGAUGUUUCUAACGUUGCAUUAACAAACUAAGGGUUUAAGGUCUUGGUUGAUACGGCAAGUAAAUUGGUGAAUAACACAAGUAAAUUGGCUAAGUUUCUUAAAAUAAGACGCAACAUUAUAAAAUAUAUUUGUAAGAUCUGACGAAAAAUCUCAGUAGGAGAUUACUUUUUUCAUCUCUAAUUGGAUUGGAUUGGAUGUAAUGUUUUGUGAGGGUUUGGUUGCUGCUUAGGUGCAGCAAAUGUAUGAGAUGGCUCUAGGGGUUUUUGCUUUCACCUUGUCUUAAAUGGUGAUCACUUGGAGCUUCUCUAUUGGGAUAUAUAAUAACAAGUAAUUAAAGUUUGCACUCU